UCCCUUUGGGCCCGAAGCUGAAGCUGCAGGGCCAGGGCAUAGGCCAUGCUCCGAGGCACGCCAGGACUAGGCCUCAGGGGCCUGAAACGGAGUGAAGGUUCUGUGGAGGACUUGGGGCGCUCUUGCCCUGAGGCUGGCAGGAAUUUUGGAGUGCUGAGGCGCAGCCUGGAUGAGGCAGAGGAGGCUGCAGGCAGAAGGCGCGAGCGGCCGGCACGGUCCAAGGCUCGGCGCAUGGCGGCCAACGUGCGGGAGCGCAAGCGCAUCCUGGAUUACAAUGAGGCGUUUAACGCGCUGCGCCGGGCGCUGCAGCAUGACCUCGGCGGCAAGAGGCUCUCCAAGAUCGCCACGCUGCGCAGAGCCAUCCACCGCAUCACUGCGCUCUCCCUGGUCCUGCGCGCCAGCCCGGCGCCCCGCUGGCCCUGCGGCCACCUGGAGUGUCACGGUCAAGCUGCUCACGGUUCAGGUGCCGGCGACUCCGGCUUCAGUGCUCCUCGGUCCGCGCCGCAGCCAGCAGCGCCUGGCCUGGCGCGCAGGGACGCCACCAGCUCCUUAGUGCCGCCUGCACCGCGCUGCGCUUCGUGCUCUCCGCACGGGCACUUGGGGCGGCCCAGGGUGAUGGCCGAAGGGUCCACUUUGGCCCAGGCCUCCGGGGGAAGCUGGCGCCGAUGUCCCGGGGCUCCCCCUGUUGGACCCAUUCCGUGGCGGUGGGGCUCCGGGAUGGGCUACCAGCACUCCUGACCCGGCCACUGAGAGGGAAACAUUCCAGGUUGGUGGAAUUGAUGACUGCAAAGGAGAAGACUGCACAAGUCAUCCUGGACACAGCAAAACUGAAUGGGUUGCGACUUGAGUGGCAGAGGAGGCUGCUUUACCAGUGGGAAGGAACUCUGGGGACCAGGGCAACCUCCCGGCCUUGGUUGCUGAAAAAGGAAUGAGCUCUUAGAUUUGGACUUGGUCAACCUUUUCUUCCUGGAAAAUGGCCUUUGCUUUCCUGUGCUUCUGAGCCCUUGUUUCUCUUGCCACAUUUGGACAGUGGGACUUGUGGGGUUUGUGGGUAGACAGCUGCUGGGAUCUGAGGGCACACGCUGUGGCCCUCUUACCAUGUUUGGGGGGCUGCUGAUCUGAGAGGUCCGGAAAAUGACCAAAUAAAAAGGGAAAGUGUCUUGUCCAUCUUCUACCAGGACUCCACUGAGUUCAGUGACCUAGUGUGAUAGGAAAGCCUCGGAAUCUGGAGAUUACUUUGGAAGGGUGGGUAGGAACUACAGCUCUCAGGCAUCCGCGCACUGGUUUAUAGCAAGAUCCUGAGAAUAGCUGAGCCCGGGGAAAGAGAAAUGUAGAGAAAUUUCUCCCUGUAGCCUCCCACUAGAGGCUAAGAUCAUUGUCAGCCUUACCUGUGAGCCUCCUUGCAGGACUGCUGUCUGGGCUGCCUUGAGAAGAGGCAAGGGCAAGCAAGGUCAGGGGUUCUGGGUCAGGGACCCAGAAUGACAGACAGAGCUCUCAGCCAAUAGAGUGCCAGGGCUUCUGUAGCGAGGUAGACUAGGAAUCCAGAAGAGUUUUGAGGAGCUGGUUGGGGGAAGAAAGAUCUUAGGCCAAGGGCAAGGGCAGUGCAGGAACACCUUUCCCUGAGAAUGAUGGAGAACUGGCCAGGUUUAGGAUGGGUUUCUGCUGGGGGUGCCAAUGUGGCAGGCACUGUUAGCUGGGCACCGAUGCCACAGGCACGGACUCAGGAGAAUUCGUGUUUCUCAGCACAGUGGAGAUGAAGUUCAAGGCCACAACUGAAGCUAUCUGCAUUCUGUGACAUCUUGUCUCCAGUCAUAGCCUUAAGGCUCCUGUUUUCAGCCAAGGUUGUGAGCCAGUCCACAGGAAGGCUUCUGCUCUGGCUCUAGACAGGAGCAAAGUAUGAGACUAGAGCUUCAGUCCUGUUCCUAAGUGGAUGGACGCUGGAAAGAAAGAACUUGGGCCUGCCUGGGUUGGACCUCCCUGCUGCUCCAUCUCUGAUGUGGAUAGUGAUGGCACCUCUUGGAGGCUGAGAUAGUUUCCGGCAGUUGUUUAUAAACUGUUACUGUUCAGUACUGCAAUUCUAUGUUUGGGAGGCCCAGA